AUGGGUCAAAGAUGUGGUAAACAACAUGACCAACCCAUCCCCAAGGGUAGAGAAGAGAGCAAGAAGGCCAAGCAAAGCUCCCUCCAUCUCUUCUUCUUCUUGUCCCUCUUCUCGACACUCUGCUUCUUUUUUGCGGUCCGCUUCCUCUCGACCUCGUCCUCUUCUCUCAGCUUCUUCGGAGAUAAAGAGAUAGCAUUCUAUAAUAAUUACACCAGCCACAGUUGGCACAGACAUUCUCCUUGCUCUUUCCUCUCCAACAACUCUUCCAUUUGCUGCGACCGAACGAGCUACCACAGCGACAUUUGCUUCAUGUCAGGGGACGUUCGAACGCAUUCGCACGCUUCGUCGGUCGUCCUUUAUCCGCCUAGUAACGUGACGAUCAAUCGCAACAGCAGCGCAGAAGAAAAGAUUCGACCUUACCCGCGAAAAUGGGAAGGGAUCAUCAUGGACAGGAUUUCCGAGCUUCGACUCCGGGCCGCUGCCCCGCAAGACGCUCCGCACCCGUGCGACGUCCGCCAUGACGUCCCCGCCAUCUUCUUCUCGGCCGGCGGAUACACGGGCAACGUAUUCCACGCCUUCAACGACGCAAUCCUCCCGCUCUACAUCACGUCCCACCGCCUCCGCCGCCGCGUAGUUCUCGUCGUCCUCAACUACCACCACUGGUGGUUCAUCAAGUACCGGGAGAUCCUCGCCGGCAUCUCCGACUACCCUCCGAUCGACUUCUCCAACAACACGAGGACCCACUGCUUCCCGGGGGCUGUCGCGGGGCUCCGCUUCCACGGCACCCUCGCCAUCGACCCCGCGAAGCUCUCCGACGAGACGAUGAGCAUGCAAACCUUCCAGCACAUGCUCGAGGAAGCGUAUAACGAGCCGAAAGAAACGAAGCCCCCGCGGCGGCCGAAGCUGGUCGUGGUGUCGCGGGGAGCGACGAGGGUGGUGGAGAACGAGGGGGAGGUGGUGCAGCUGGCGAGGGCGGUCGGGUUCGACGUGGAGGUGCUGCGGCCGACAGACAGGAUGCCUAUGGCGAGAGUCUACGCAUCCCUGAGCAGGUGCGAUGCGAUGAUGGGCGUGCAUGGUGCCGCGCUGACGCACUUUCUGUUCAUGCGGCCCGGCGCGACGUUCAUUCAAGUUAUACCGCUCGGAGUGAAGAACGUCGCCGACACUUGCUACCGCGAUCCGGCGGUGCGCGCGGGGCUGCGGUACGCCGAGUACGAGGUGCUCCCGAGGGAGAGCUCGUUGAGCAGGAAGUACGGGGCGGAUGAUGUGGUGGUGAGGGAUCCGGAGAGGGUGCAGGGCAAGAAGGCGUGGGACGUGACCAAGCAGGUGUAUUUGGAAGGGCAAAAUGUCACCCUCGAUAUAAGACGUCUUAGAAAGACGCUCGCCCGAGUUUUUGAAACUGUGGUUGCGGACAGAAGAAGACUGCUGAAUUUAUGA